AGGUUGCGGGGGAAGCUUCUUCGCUCUGGUUUCCUCCCUCUUUCCCCGUGAGGUGGGAGGGCGCUUUGGCAGGAGGGCGCUUAAGAAUGCCCACGUUUUAUAAUAACAAUAAGUUCCAGGAUGGCUUUGAUCAAGAGGCUUUUCCCUUUAUCUUCUGAGUGAUCAAAUUUGUUUGACUGCUAAAGAGAAAUUAAGGGUCUGUCCAUGAAUAAUUUAAAUGACCCUCCUAACUGGAACAUCCAGCCUAAUGCAAGGGAUGAUGAAGGCCAUGGAAGCAAAUGGAAUUAUGCUUUGUUGGUUCCCAUGUUGGGGCUGGCUGCCUUCCGUUGGAUCUGGUCCAGGGAGUCUCAGAAAGAGAUAGAAAGAGAGAGAAAAGAUAUCUAUAGAAAGCUCUCAUUAGUACAGAGAGAACUUGAAUCUAAAUAUCGUGACAUAAUCACAGAAAACCGCCGCACAGUUGCCCAUUUGGAACUGGAACUGGAAAAGGAACGGAACAGGACAGUGAGUUACCGUGAAGCCCUUGUCUCGCAGAGCCGUAAACUGGUAGAAGAAAGAAGAACUUUGGAACAAGAACGUACAAAAUUAGAACAAGAGAAGGAGAUUCUGCAGCACUCUGGAGCUGCCGGUGCUUUGUAUCAGAAUUGCCUGGAGAAGGAAGAGCAGUGGCAAAAGAGAGCAACUACUUUACUAAAAGAUUUUGAAGAUGCUCUUACGGAAAGGCAGGACAUCUACUGUAGCCUUGUGCUACCAAGACACCGGCGACUGGAAGUGGAGAAGAAUUUGCUUAUUAGAGCAGCAACUGAUCCAGUUGCUGUGGACCUGGACCUGGAAACUGGCUUAAAAGAUAUUUUCCGGCAUGAUACCUAUUGCAGUAAUUUGCUUAAUACCAAUAAACGUCAGAAUGGAAGGCUAAUGUGGCUCUACCUUCGAUACUGGGAAUUAUCUGCUGAGCUCAAAAAGUUCAAGAGGGUAGAGAAGGUCAUGUUGGGAAAGUAGUAGCUAAAAAUUACCGAGUAUCAAUACAAUACACGUGUCAGAUAUGGCCGAUUUCCUCUGGGAUCUCAGCUUCACCACCAUAUAUGUAUUGGUCAUUUAACAGACUAUCUUAAGCACUUAAUGUCUUUAUUUGACUCGCCAAGGUGAAUGGUGAUUGUGUGGUACCAUAAUGCUCAGGUUAAUUUCUCUGGUGGGUUUUGUUAACUGCAGCCCUCUGCAUGUUUACUCAGAAAUAAAUUUCACUGUUUCAGUGGGGCUUAUUCCCAGACAAGUGUGCUUUAGGGUUGCAGCUUAGAUCAGGGUACUGGGCUUAAAAGACAAUGACUUCAGCUUCUUCCACUUGCAUGACAACACCUUUUCUGUAAUAAAUCUUACUAUGCUACUUGGAAGCAACUAUUCUUAAUUAGUGUUUUUGCUGUUUUCAGUCUGAGAGUCUACUAUUUAUGGCUGAGAAAGCAUCUCUCUAUAAAUUGUUGGAAGUGUGUGAUCAAGUUCUCAAGUUAGUCACCUUUGUGAUCUGAACUAAGCUACAUGUAACACUGUAAACCCUGUGAUCCGUGGAUGAAAGGUGGUAUAUAAAUUUAAUAAAGAAUAAUAAUAAUG